AUGGUUCAGCAAGGAGAAAAUUCAAUGUGGGCCCCAGCGCCUAGGGUUGAAAUGCACAGUAAUGCAAAAAAAAUUGCUGCAGAUAGUAAACUGACAAUUUCAAAAUACCCAAACAGCACAGCAGAGAGCAACAAAUCAACAUACGAAAAGACCAAUGGCACUGCAAAAAUAGCAAAGACCAUGGUGGAAAAAGGGAUACCAACUGAAGUUUCGAUCACUCCUACUUGCGAAACCUGUUGCAAAACAUUCGCUAGUAAACGUAAGCUCACUGUGCAUAUUAAAUAUGUACAUUCAUCAUUGCGUCCCUUUGUCUGCGAAAUUUGUUCCUUGGCAUUCAAAAUGAAAAACGCACUUAAGAAGCAUAUGCAAAUAAUACACGAGGGAUCCUACAAAUUAAUCCCAUGCCAAGUCUGUGGAUACAAAGCCAAAGAUAAGUCGCGUCUCAAAGAUCAUUACGUAAGACGCCACACAUCAAUCUAUGCGACUUCCUGUUAUAUUUGUGGUAUGCAGUUGAAAUUCAAGAGAGACCUGACUACUCACAUUAAUCAGAUUCACUGUGGUCCUGUGGUGUGCGAAAAGUGUGGUGACGUUCUUCCAAAUUACAGAUCGCUAUGCAAUCAUAAAAAAACACAUCAUGUAGGUAACUCCAGGAGAAAUCGAAAUUUUAAAUGUGGAAUUUGCUCCAAGGGUUUUGCCUCCCAGAAAUCAGUUGAUGCUCAUAGGCUCAAACAGCAUAACAAUGGCGAGAGCUGUUACUGUGAUCAUUGCAGUAAAUCAUUUACAGGAAAAUAUUCACUGACCCAUCAUAUUCACAAUGUACACAGGGAAGACAGACCGUAUUUGUGCCCUGUAUGCAGUAAGACAUUUAAAAUGCACAGUCUGCUACAGCUUCACCUUUUUACACAUACCAAUGUGAAGCCUUACCGGUGUGAUAUUUGUGGCUCGACAUAUACUCAACGCGGCUCCAUGAUGCUGCACAGGCGCAAGCAUCCUGGUGAACUGCCUCCCGUCCCGCCGAUAAAGCUUGAUUUUCUAUUAAAAAGUAUCCAACCUAAGAUUAAGGAACUCGCAAAGAUUCAGGGCAGCAUGAAUGAUAGCAGCAGCAUUGGCCACUAGAUUCAUUAAACUUGGAGAAGUUACACAGCUGAGCAAAUGAUGACAUUUUUCUGCUUGCCAACGAACAAGCUAUACCGUCUUGCAAAAAAGCAUUACUUAAGGAAAAACUGAAACCUAUUCUAUGGAUUCUUGUAUAAUGGAACAAGCAGGUCAAUUAUCCGUAGGAAUUUUUUACUGCCAGAGAACCCCAGCAAUGGGUAGGUAUUAAAUGCUGAUAAGACUGACCAUCUCAACAUUACCAAGAGUCAUUUCAUAUAAAAUGACGCAGAGAGGUCGCUACUUUUCAGCUUUAUUAUAUAUUUCAAGUGAUAUACUCGUGUAACGCACUAUUCUUACUUAAAAAUAUGUACAUUAUAAUUUCUUCAAAGAUAAUUGUAAAAAUGUUGUAUGUUUAUGGGAUUUUUUCAUUUCCAAAUAAAUCUUCCGUGGCUAAUAGUACUUUUUCAUUACAUGUUGUGUGGUAUUAUUCUUAAGUAAUGUGUUACCAUAUCAUUUACUAGUGAAUAUUAAGGAAUUCACGCUAUCUUUGAUUUUCAUAUCUGAUACCCUGAAAUUUGAAAUGUGAGGUUGAUUUUAGACGGAGAUAAACCUUGCAUAUAGUGUUUAUUGAUUGUCACUGUACAAGAGAUUAAUAAUAAUAGUUUUCUGGUUAAACAGAAUCUGCUGAUCAGUUGAGCACAAAGAAAGAAUUAUUGUAGUACGUAGUAUCGAUUACAAAUAUUCACCGAAUAUCAUAGAUAUUUGAUGUAUGAACGUCAUGCAUGGUUUGCUAUUAGUGAUUAUUAUGUUUGUUGUGUUUGUCCAGUGUAAUUGACAAGUUUAUAA